GACUGUUGACGAGCUGGGCCGCUUCUGAUUGGUCGCAGUAACCAAGGGAAUAAGCCCCGCCCCCCGCACUCGGUUGUGGGAUGAAACACUUGCCGCCAUGUUUACGCACGGCCGUGGGAACGGACGUAGGCUUCAGAAAUAAUAAUAAUAAUGGCGUUAAUAAGAAGGAAAGGACGAGGCCGUGAGGGUCGUUGCGCGAUCUAGCUGGGAGUUUUGUUCGCUACGAGGGUCGUUUGUGGUUUUGUACGGAAAGGAACGGGGAAGGCACUUUGAAUGCGUUGUGGGCUGGCGCGUCGUUCGCCAUGAGCCGACCUUCGUCAGCUGGCGGCGGGAAAACGGGGAAACACACGGCGGCGGCCGUGGCGGCAGCUGGUGGUGCUGGCGGUGGAGGUGGCGGUGGUGCUGGUGCUGGUGGAGGAGGAGGCGGUGGCGGUGGAGGAGGAGGAGGAGCCGGUGGCGGCAGCAGCGGCGGGGGUAGCUCAGCCAUAGCAGCGGCGGCGGCAGCAGCGGCGGCGGCGACUGCUGCCGGAGGUUCCACCCCGCCUCAGCCCGAGCUCACUUCCCUCUUCGAGUGUCCAGUCUGCUUCGAUUAUGUUCUGCCGCCCAUCUUGCAAUGCCAGGCCGGGCACUUGGUGUGCAACCAAUGCCGGCAAAAACUUUCUUGUUGUCCGACCUGCAGGGGCCCGCUCACCCCCAGCAUCAGAAACCUGGCCAUGGAGAAAGUGGCUUCUACAAUCCCUUUCCCAUGUAAGUACGCCUCGGCUGGAUGUCUCUUGUCCUUGCAUCAUACAGAAAAGCCAGAACAUGAAGAGGUGUGUGAAUUUCGCCCAUACAUGUGCCCAUGCCCUGGAGCCUCCUGCAAGUGGCAAGGAUCAUUGGAGGCAGUCAUGCCUCAUCUCAUGCAUGCACAUAAAAGCAUUACAACGCUUCAAGGAGAGGACAUUGUGUUUUUGGCAACUGACAUCAACCUUCCUGGUGCUGUGGAUUGGGUUAUGAUGCAAUCCUGCUUUGGCCACCACUUCAUGCUGGUGUUAGAGAAACAAGAGAAGUAUGAAGGCCACCAACAAUUUUUUGCUAUUGUCCUUUUGAUAGGCACGCGUAAGCAAGCAGAAAACUUUGCCUACAGACUGGAAUUGAAUGGAAACCGUAGACGCCUCACAUGGGAGGCCACUCCAAGGUCUAUCCAUGAUGGAGUUGCAGCAGCAAUCAUGAAUAGUGAUUGUUUAGUUUUUGAUACUUCCAUUGCUCAUCUUUUUGCAGAUCAUGGGAACCUGGGUAUUAAUGUUACUAUCUCAAUGUGCUGAAUUGCAUUGUUAUAAUACAGCUGUUUACAUGUAACCAAUAGAAUGUUUUUUUUUGAUUCGAAGGAUGCAGUAGGCAAAAGAAUGCAGUUCUAUAUACUUCUAAGCACCUUGCUUGUGUAAUUGGUGCUAGCCCAUGUGACUGCUCCAUGCGUGCAUGUUGUGGAAUGUAAUGCUCAGCACGUGGUUCAAGGCCUGACUAAAAGAAGAUGGAAACAAAAUCAAGUUGAUGCAGCUGUUUUAUAAAUGGUCCUUUUAAAAACAGACAUCUCUUCCUGCUUUGUGUUUCUUUAAAUUUACUUGAGGCAAGUUAUUCAAGAUGUAUUUAUAUUACGGGUCCAGUGUAUAGAACUACAUUAUAUGCCACAUCAGUACUUAAAUGCAAAGCCAGUAGACGCUUGUGCCUAUCUUAAAUAUGCUUCAGGACAACAGUAUCUGAAUAGAUAUUUAUGAAGAUCAGUAAUGUUGAAUUGUCAUGGAAUGAGUUUAUUCUGUGUUCAUUGACAUGGCAAAUGGAUUUUGUUGCAAUUUUCUUUUGGGUGAAAGGCAGGAACAAAACUGCAAAGAGCAGCAAUGAGGAUUCCUUUUACACUUAAAGCAGUCAUUGAUAAAUCAAGCUUCAGCAUUGUCCACUGCAGUUUUCUUUUAAAACCAAACCUUUUAGUUGCUGUUGUAUUCAGUUUCUUGUAUCAGAUUAGGUUCUAUUCAAAUUAUUUUUUAUUAAAUUGUCUAGUCAAAUGUGUAAACGGUGACUGCAGUUUCACAUUUUGAAUAACAUGUUCAUUAUUUGCAGCUUAAGUGGAAGUUGGUGUAGCCCAUAACGUGUAUGUGGGCAUAUUGCCCAGCUUCAUGGCUGAAUUACAUAGUCACAUUUGCAUCACUGAUUAAAUCAUAUUUUAAUUUUAAAAAAGAUUGAAAUGCUAGAAAAAUUGUGUAGAGCCAGCCAGUAUUUAUUAAUGAAUAAGAGCUGUUAGCUAUAAGUUUUCUGACUUCUAAAUGAUAUUGAGUAAAACAUGGUUUGAAUUGAAAUUCUAAGUUUUGAAUUUAACCAACAUGCUAGUAAAACACUAAAGAACCAAGGAAAAGUUCUUGGAAAUGUGCUUGAUUUAUCUACUUUAGUCAAUUUAAUUUUGUAAAUGUUUAAAAAGGUGGUGGUAAAUUAAAUAAUCUGUGAUCUCUUCCUCUUGCCUCUUUUCAUUUCCCCCACCACCCCCCCCCCCCCCCCCAAACUCCACCCACCACCUCAGAGGGAGGGAGAAACCAUUUAAUGCUGCACAUCCAGUGGGUUAAUGUAACCCUUUGAGACUUUAACUCUGGUAUACAUGACCUUGCCUUGUUUUAUCAGCUCUCACAACCUUGUUCUUUAACUUUCAACUCUUCCCUCACAUUUUUGUCUCAUGGUUUAUUACAAGAAAAUGCACCAAGCCUGUUUUGAUUUAGUUACUACUUUCUCCAUAAGAAUCGUAUCUUGUCACUUUGAUUUAAAACAAAAAAUGACACACUCUAAAAUUUGAGUCAAUGUCCUUAAAUUGUUUUACUUUUUAUCGUGAUGAUAUGGAGUCUGGGGAUUACAUUCAGGUUAUUUCCCAGCUUUGUAAAGGACAAUUGGAACUAAUAAUAAGUCUGUUAACUCGAAUGAAAGGGAAUUUAGAUCAUUCCUUGUCUACUGUCAGCUGGAAAACAUUUUUUGUAGCAUGUUCCAAUACUACCUGUCACAAUUGGUUUUGAACAAUUGGAUCUUUCUAAUUUUGGAUUUGUUUCAGAUCCAAAUCCCUGACAUGAAGUAUAUAACUAAAGAUAAAAUGUCAUUUUAAAAUAUGAAAUAUAAGGCACAUUAGUCUAAACAGGUGGUAUGAAACUCUUGCAGCUUCUUUGUAUUAGGCACUGAGACUUUGUCAUCUUAUGAUGUGUGCUAGCUUGAAAUGUUGUUAUAAUUAUCUUUUGAGACCACUUGAAGUUCCAAACAAUCUUUAAGUACUGUUUCCCUCCAUCUCUGGGUCAUUUUACACGCACAAACAUGUAACCUUGAAGGUAAUCCAAAUUAAAUGCACACCAACAAAAUCUAAAACUGUGUAGCUUUGCAACAUCUGUGAUUCAUUUAGUAUCAGUAUGUGCAAUGCUUUGGCAGCUUAUCGUUGUGAAGGCAAGAAGUUUAUAUAUUAAAGUGCAUAGUUAAAGAUGGGUUGAACAGACUGAGAUAAUGCUGUGGCAAAGAAGGUGAAGUCACUUGAUAACAAGGUUUUUAAUGGGUGCAAGAUCUUUCCAUUAGCACAUGAUCUGGCAAAGACCAGUCUAUAUAGUAUUUGCAACUAGGGCUAAUUUAAGAAGGUUGAUGUUGUAAGAAAUCUUGGGCUGUAACCAGCAAUAAUUCAUAUGUUCUUAUAUUUCUUAAAUGCACCUGCUAAACUACACCCUACAUAGUGGAGAUAUUUUGCACAUAAUGUGGGAGAAAUUUUAAAAAUAGGAUACUUGCUUGUUUCAUCCUCUGUGCAUAGUGUGAUAGUUCCCCUCUGUUUCUCCACCCUCCACCCCCGUCCCUCCAAAACCCUUCAACCUAAUGUUUUGCUUUCAGGGUAGAUUUCUCUGCAGUUUUGCAAAAUGUUAUUGUAAGAGGGAGAGUUGUGUUUCUAAUAGAUAUUCUCCAAAGUUUUCAAUAAACUGCUUUUAUUCAACUUUUUUAAUUUCAAGUUUUUUAAGGCUAUUUCAAAUUCAGUUAAAAAUGAUAAUGUAAUUUAUCUGCUCUGUUAAUUACUUUUGCAGUCCAAACAGAAGUAUCUUGUUCUCCGUGUUUUAAACUUCAGAUAUGAUGUUCUUCGUUUCAACAGACAAGAUUUCAAUUUGCCAUUUGCCUGAGAAGGCAGUCUUGUAAUGGAGCAAAGUGUAUUUUCAGGCUAUAAAGCCUUUCAUACAGGACAUUUUUCCCCUCCCCUGCAUGUCUCUUGCUUCCCCUCCCCCACCCCCACACCUUUCCCUUUGCACCUGAUCAGCUCCUCCCCCAUUAUCAAUUCUAUGGUUUAGCUUGACUCAAUAUUUGAAAUGCACCAUUAUUUAAAGAAUGGUGUUCUAAACUUAAAUCUAACCAUAUAUCCUUCUAGGCACUGAUCAUGAAGAAUCCAGCUGAGAUAUGAGUGAAUCAAUUAUACAAUUUCCUCACUAAAGCAGACUAUGAAAGCUACCCAAUAGUAAAUAUUGGUUAGACUAUGAAAGCAGUUGGUAAAUCAGUACUUGGGCUUGAUGUAAUAACACUUUGAGACUUCUGGGUGAUCUGCAGAAUUUGGGCAAUUUUAAUGAAUUAAAGAUGAACCUAAACAGAGUGAAAUCAUAGAAAUCAGUGUUUAGUCCAGUCAUGAUUUAUUCAACAGCAGUACAUCUAGUCAAAUAAAAACUCAACAGGAUGACUGUUGCUUUGAAUUUUGUCAAACAUGGUAGUUUAUACUGUAUGUUUUUUAAUAAAAAUUACUUUUGGUAAUUAUGCUAAUGUGCAUUUUUGAAUUCAAAUUUGGAUACUGUGGAUUUCCUGUUGAGCAGGUGUUAACAUUUGUAUUGUACAAAGUUUUUUUGUUUUAUAUUUGUUUCUAUUGCUGUUUUUCCUUUGUGUAUAUUUUUGUUGUACUAAAAGAACAAUUAGUUCUGUUUAAAAUAAACUUGUUUAAUCUUUAUCAAGAAUGGCUGUUAAAGUACAGUAAGACUUUUAGUUUUGAAGUGACCACUCUUUUUAAUCAGGAAUACUGUUCUGUACUAGUAUAAACCUAUUUUAUUUGCUCUGUAUCCAAAUUGCAAUGAAGUAAUUAAAACAAUUUAAAUGGAUAUUAUCCAUGAAUAGUUUUUAUUCAUAGUAAUUAAAAUUUUCCCAGAUUUCUUACUAAAGAGAUUCACUAUUCCUGUUUGUGGUGAUAUGGUUUGUGGAACUGAGCUCUGGUUUGUUCAAGGAGUAGCUGAGCCAUAAAGCCAAAAUAAAUCCAGGUGGGAUCCGCCAUCUUAAUCUUGCUGAGAUGUUAGUUGUAGGGCAGUACUGUUGAUUUCAAUGUACCUGAACAAAAAAAACAGUUGCCUGGGUUCUUGUACCAAUUUACUGCAUUUCUUAAUAGAAGACGAGAUCGGUCAUCCAGUGAUAGUGAAGUAAACCUGACUAGUUGUUUUUGAUAUCUGAACAUUAAAUUCUCUGAACAGUCAUCUACUCAGCAAUCUGUUUUGCUGGGAUAGGUGAGUCCACUACAGAAUUUCUGGCAAAGGGAUUUUAAGAACUAAGGCUAACAGUACCUUUUUAUAAAAGAUAGGAUAAAUACUGCAGAACCUGGUUAUUUUGAAACAGAAAUUGACAGUUCUUGUAUAAUUUUGCUGUUCAGAGAAAAAUUAUGUAUUUUAAACUUGUGUAUGAAUCUAUAAGAACCCAGGCAGUUUUUCUCCCCUCCUUAGUUCAACAAAUUCAGCAGGUUUGGUAGCAAAUGCAAGGAAAGAUCUUCUGUUUAAGAGUUAUCCCUAUAAUGUCUGCCUGGUCUUUUACACAUGCUAUUCAGGAUUGCCAACCUCUGGGUUGGUGAGUCUCUCAAAAUUCAAGAUUGAAGUUGAAAACCUGGGAGAAGUGUGUACGCUUCAUGCAUGUCUUGCGCAUGAGCUAUGACACUGACGUUGAAACCAUUCCUGCUUCCUGACCCUUUGUACCUCAACCUAUUUUUUGAGGUUCUUCCUGCAGUUAUUUUGGCCUUCCAGCCACUUACUAAUUUUUCCUUGUCACUGCUGCUUCAGCAAAAGUGUAGCAAAACAGCAUAGAACCACCAGAUGUGAGAGGUUUGGUUCUUCAUUAUCCUUGAUCAUUUUAAACACCCUGUGAUCAAAUGUUUGCAAGUAUGUCCAUCCAGCAUUCAGCUGAAUAUUUAACUUAGCUUUUGAUAUAGCCAGGAGUUUCUAUUUUUGUGGUUGUUUUUUUUUUGAAACCUUUGAUUUAACGUCCCAUUCACAAGCCAGAGGUAAAUGUUUUCUUUAAAUGAGGAAGAAUCUUUGACAGAGUAGGACCCCUUCAAUAUUCAUUUUGAUUUUAUUGUGUGUUGAGGGUUGAACAAAACUGAUUCAUUCAAAGACUAUCUUUAAAUCAAAGUUGACAUGUGGCAUUUAAUUUAGGAGCACCUACUCUCAAAUGAUGAAUUCACAAAGCUCCAGGUUUUGGAACUCUAAUGCAAUAGAGUACAUGAGUAAGAGCACUGUUGCCUCGCUUGGAGAUAUCCCUUUGCUGCCUUGUGCACAGUAUUGCAACCAACAUCACAAAUAGAUUUAUGAGCUAUUCAUGUCAUGGGAUAUCAUAGCUUCCAAUAUAAAUCACUGCACUUCUCAAUAUUGGGGGAAAUGAAAAUAUGAUUAACUGCCUUUAUUUAGCAUGGAUUCUGAAAAGACUUGUAAGACUUGGUAAUUACACUGCAGAACGCAGAUUGCCUAUCAAAUGGUCAUUUAACUGUUGUGCAAAACUGAUUUUUUGCCUUUUUUUUAAUAUAAACUAAGGAUUCCCUGGUAUCAGAACACAAGGGUAUUUGAAAGAUGGCAGAGGAGGACCUUAUGGGUGUCUAAUUCUUCAUUAAAUGAUUGAUCAGAGAAUAGCAUCAUCAACUAUUUUUUUUCACCUUCAGUACUGUUUCAGCAUUGUAUAAUCAGUUCUCCUAAUGGAUGAAUUUGAUAAUAGACGUAUGAAAAGCCAGACAAAAAUUCUGAACUUGAGCUAAAAGUUGAUGUGUUAUGUAGUUCAUGCUGUUUGAAAAUUUCAUUGGUGUUUAGCAAAAGCUGCAAGUUAAUUGCAUGCUAAAGUUCUACAUCAUAUAACUUAUCUUUGCGAAAAUGCAAACCAUUUUGCCAUUUUUGUUUUGCUUUUGUAAGGAUUUAUAGAAACUUGCUGAAGUAAUGUGAUGUUUAGUCAUUAAAAUCUUGGAUAAAAAA